AUGUGCGAACAUGAAAAAGUCGGGAACAAAGACUGCGAUUCACGAUAUGACAACUGUGGGAACGAGAACGACGUGGCAUUCGAUGUAAAUGGCUCUAAUGAACCCUGCGAGCGAUGCAAGAGCGGAAUCAACGUUAACGUUGUUUUACAUCAAGAUACACCGACCAACUUAAAACGAAGAAACAUAAAAAGCCAGAAACGAACAGGUAGCAAUUUACUUUCAUCUCUUCGUUGCAACGUAAAAUAUCAUAUCAUUUCUGUCGAAACCAGAAGCGGAGCGCUGUCGCUCGUUCAACAAAAGGCAGAGGGAUGCGAUGAAAAUGGCUCGAAUUUCCGCUGCACUUUCGAAAAUUGCUGCGGCAACUGUGAGUCUUACAUCAUGGAGAUCCCACAGAACGACAUGAGCACGUAUCAAAAUUGGCAGAAUAUGGAGUUCGAAGCCGGGAACACGUGUUUCGACGAGUGCUGUUGCCCGCGGGAGAUGAAGAUGUACUCCUCGAACCUCAGCCUCGCAACCCCUCGACACGAACAGUGUUGCGUUACGUACACGGAAAACGAGAAGUGUUGCUCGCAUCCGAUCGAGACCAAGUGCACGUUCUUGCCCAACGAUCGCAAGGAGAGCAGCAAGCACUGCCUGCAACGGGUGCACUUCGCCAAAGCCGAAAAUUGCACCAGACCGAAUCAUUCCUCGUGCUCGUUCUGCUCCAGAAAAUGCACGCCAUCCAAGGCGAGUUUGUUCGUCGAAAUCAGCGAGAGCAUUGCGGAUAUUUGCAAUCUGAGGUCUGCUCAGGUGUUCCAAAUAUGCCACGACUCGAAGGAGUCGCUCAAGAGCGAUCAUGAACAAAAGGAACAUCUUGUCAAAAGAAAAAAGUCGGACUUGCUGAGAGGACGUUUUAAGCCGAAGAAACACGUGGAUGCGAAAUGCAAUUUGAACUGCAAAGGUCUGCCUGCUGCGGUGACACGCAGUUAUUCGGACCGAGUUGCGUGCAUGGAAAAGUAUGACGACUGCGAGAGAGAGGAUGAGAAGGGAUGCAUUUAUGGGAAAACGAGAAACGCGAAAUCUAGCGUGAGCUUUCAGGAAUCUCGUGAUUGCAGGUAAAUAGUUCUAAUAUAUUUUUUUUUGUUAAA